AUGUCUUCCGACGAUGCUCCACCAGCACCCCAACACAAACCCUCUUCCUCCAGUUUCGCAGAUGUCUUCAAGACACUAGGCGUUGGUCGUCCGAAAUCGCAUUCUCCCGUCUCCUUGCAGGAAAGCAGCAGUGACUCCGUAUCCCACACGACAGACGGCCGAGGGACCAAUCGGCUAGUCCCUGGACUCGAAGGCAUGCAUCGCGGAAGUGUCGUUUCGAGUUCCUCGGACACGCCUAAUGGCCCUGACUUCGAUCUGUCUCUGCGGAAUCUGUCGCAGAGGCAGAGCUUGAACCAGGCAAUUGAAGAGGCAGAGGUCGUGUCGAGAACUUUGUCGUGGUUUACUCCUGAGCAAUCCGUUGUGUUGUGGGAAGCGGCGGAGUACCUACUUCAUCAUGAGAGCUCGACCGAUGCCCAGAAAAGCGGAGCCAAAUUGUUGGAGACAAUCGCAUCCCGUCAAGACCUGUCUCCUUCUGCCAGAAGCGUGGUCUUCGAGUCUAUCGCACGCCAGACCGAACCCGACGUGAUUGCUUCCCGGGUCCAGUCACUGAUCGCUCUGUCAGAUCAUGGCAGAAAGCUGGACUUCACCAAUUCUUCCAUCCUUCAUAUCAUUUCCUCAUGGAUCGUACCCCUGUACGGAGCGAUUUCUAUAGCACGCUCCAAGGCGAAAAAGGGGAAAGUGCUCAAGCCGAACGAGCUAGUUCAAGAUGAGCUUGUUCUGGGAGAUCUCUUCCAGUUUGCGGUGGAUCUAAUCACUCUGCAGCGCAAGCCGCCAACCGAGGAGGAAAUCGAGUCGCUUCUCACAGAGACCUUCACGAUCUGCAAGAAGACCAGCGUUGCCACGGAUAUCAAGAACUCGCUGGCCGUCUUCGAUGCGGUGAUUAUGUAUGCAGACGUGCCCGAUGCAAGCUUUGUCCCUCUUCUGGAAGUUCUCUGCAGUAUCCAUGCUUCCGUCAAGCCUCUUUCCGGGCCAACGUCCCGGGCUGUGCGGAGCCUGGCAAAGUCACGAAAACAGGUAGAAAUGGUGACCGCUCUCCACACUUUCUUGAGAGAAUCGUGUACCGAAGAUGUUCCUCGGAACUUGAACGUCCACCGUGGAGCUCUUUAUGUCUUCUCCGACCUUGCUCGCGCUUAUGGCCAGGAUGGAAUGCCUGAAAUUUCCUUCGACCAAUUGAUCGACUCUCUCGUGGUCAUUGCACAGAAAGAUGACGGUCGAGUUGACGCUGAUAUUCUGGAAUUGUGUCUCAAUAUUCUAGAGAGUGAUUAUUUUCGCGUCACUCUCGCCCAUAAUUGGACGGGCUUUGUUAACCUCCUGCUCCUCUGCUCCCGAAGAGUGUUUGAUGAAUACGAGGAUCUGGCUACUUCCCCAGCCAGCCCACACCAAUCGCAUGGCAAGAACACGUACGAUGAUACCAAGUCGUAUAUCCUUGCAAACAUGAUUCGUAUAUCAUCUGUUCUGGAGUUUCUCUGGGAACAGCUUAACAGAGAACAAAAACAACAGGCGGUUCGGUUCCUGGCAAAGAAUCAUCAGCACAUUGAUUCUUCUCAAUCGGAACUCAUAAUCAACAUGACGAGAGAGGAUACCCUUUGCCAUCCUUCCGAGGAUCCUGCCUGGGUACAAAAUUGUCGGGAUAUCAUUGAGCGCUUCAUCCAGCCUCGGAAACAGUCCUCGGACAUUCGCAUACUAGCCCUAGACACGCUGAAAGAGGCUCUUACAGGCCAUGAGCAUUUACUAUUUUCGGAAGAACACGGCCUUCUAGGUCUUCUACUCCAUGAUUUUGCUGCAGAGAAUGACCUCCUCUUUUUGGAGUCACUUGUUUCUUUCGUCACAGAACAUGCGCUCUAUGCAAACGACGACGGAAUCUUCAAGCAGCUGGUCGACACCCUUUCGGGUCCAAUGAAGAGAGACCCCCCAAAAGAUGAACCUCACGAACCUUCACCAAGCUACGCCUAUCCGCGCCGCACAUCUACAAGCGUCCUAGAGCUGACAUUGGGAAAUGUUUGCGCCGUAGGUCUUGUGAAGAUGUUGCUCCGUGCCUUGAACUCCUCAGCGGCCAAGUCCAUCAUUGUAUUUGAGGCCUUGCUACAAAUCGCGCAGUCCCCUGAUCACCCAGCGGACGCUCGUCUCACUGUCUUGAAGCUACUGUUUCGGCUUCGGUGUGAUUCAAUCGGGGCUAUCACAGUGGUUUCAACUUCUGAAAAUGAUUUUUUGAUGAAUGUUCUGGGUCGAAAUGUCGAUGUCGGUUCCAAAUUGCAAGCACCCGGUGACGGUUCUAUAAGGGACAUUCCACAGCAGGAUAACCCAAUCCCCCCAAUGGGCGGAAGAACACCCGCGAAAGAGCUUCCGAGUGUUUUAUCCAAGUCAGGUCCACGAGGCUCUAUUUCUGCUCGUGGGUCAAAGUUGACUCCUCCUGUUUGGACCUACUCACAACCCCAGGUCCUUCCUGAACAGCCAUCUGAGGAAUCCAGUCCCUUUGUUUUUGCUCACACGCAGAACAAUGAAAUCUCCAGUCCUCCAGAUUCUACUCCAGUGCUGGUGGGUGUUUUGAAAGUCAACAUGUGGCUUGAGAGCGUGAUCUUGCUCCUCCAGCGAGAGACCGACUGGGACGUUUACAGCUACGUUCUCACCCACCUUGGGCCCCAGCUUGGUAACAAAGAUUUCUUUAUCAACGCCAUCCCUCAGAUCAAGCUUCUACGGAGUAUACUGUGCGACCAGGUCAAGAACGAGACCUUCCACGAGCCUCCCGCAUCUACUGGCCUGAAGAAAAGUGAUGUGGCUGCCUGUAUCUUUGAUACGCUUUGCAUGUUGGUCAGCUACCAUGAGCAUUUUGCUAAAAGUGAAGAGGAUGACUUGGUCCGAGCCUUUAUGCUUGGUAUCAUCGGAUCCUGGGGUGCUACGUCCCGGGGAUGUAUCCAGGCGCUUUCGCUCUGCUGUCAUGAAAUCCCCAUGUCGGUGACUAAGUCGUUGAAUAGCAUCCUCGACAAGAUGUCCAAGGUAAUCACCAUGUCUAAUAUCGCGGUGCAUAUCUUGGAAUUUUUGGCUUUGCUUGCGCGUUUGCCAGAUGUCUAUGUCAACCUCCGCGAGGAAGAGAUUCGCACUGUGUUUGGCAUCUGCAUCCGUUUCUUGCAGACCUCGAGAGAACAAGAACUACGCCACAAAGCAUCGGAAUCGCCCACCACACGCGUGACUCAACAGCCGCAAGUAAGACUCAGCGGUAGUGCACGAGAGAUUGCAUCGAGUCAGGCCGAAGCAACUGAAACUCCUUCGCACGAUGCCAUGUCCAAGUACAUUAUGGCACUGACAUACAAUGUCAUGGUAUUCUGGUUCCUAUCCUUGAAGCUUCAAGAUCGCCCAAAGCAUAUCACUUGGCUUACCAGUAGACUCAUCUUCCACGAUGAGCAUGGAAAGGAAGUGGUCGAGGAACAGAGCCAGGUCUUCAUCGAUCUGAUGCAACGCGUUGCCUUCUCGGAUCUAGGAGAAACCAUACCAUAUGAGACUUUCCCUCCGACUCCUGAAGACGGUCCUGUGUCAAAGAAGUCCUGGGUCGUAGGCAUGAGCAUCGUCACAGUUGAAACUGCCGGCAUUUCUGGACUGACCCAGAUUGCGAAGCGUCAGGCGUCGGGAACGACAUACUCCAUGUAUCAACAGCGAACGGCGCCCGUUCUACCGCAUCAGGUGCCCCCAACUCCGGACGCCCAUCUGCAUUCUGAUGCAAUGCGUACGGCUGUUUUUCCCAGUCACAUCAUGCUCCAACUGACCGCCACUGCCUUCCCUACCCCGACAGUGAUGCUGCCCAUUCCAGUGCCCGAAGACGACAUCACCAGGCGAGCGAUCGCCAGCUUUGAUCGCGCCGAUAUUGUGGACGGCCACCGCAUCGGAAUAGUCUAUCUCGAUAAUGGCCAGAGCAAAGAAGCUGAAAUCCUUGCUAAUACGGGCGGUUCUCCGGACUACGAACAUUUCUUGUCUGGUCUCGGAACCAAGGUGUCCCUUCGGAACGCUCAGUUCAAUACUCAAGGACUCUAUGCCGACACUGAUGGUGAAGCAACCUACGCCUGGCGUGAUCGGGUGACAGAGAUCGUUUACCACGUCGCGACAAUGAUGCCCACGAACCUUGACCGUGAUCCCAAUUGCAUCAACAAGAAGCGAAACAUCGGCAAUAAUUUUGUUACGAUCGUCUUCAACCGCUCUAACCUGCCAUUCAACUUUGACACGAUUCCGUCUGAGUUCAACUCUAUCAAUAUCGUGAUCACGCCCUGCAGUCGUAUUGCCUACGAUGAGUCUGGAGCCGUGAAGGGCGAAACGGAUCCUGCGAAGCUGUACUAUAGUGUGAGAGUCAUGAGCAAGCCCGGUUACCCUGAUGUCUCGCCUGCCGCAACCCCAAAGGUUGUCUCGGGUAAGAACUUGGCCCCCUUUGUGCGGAUCCUUGCUCUGAACGCAUCGGUCUUCUCCCUCGUCUGGAACAACAAGGGCGGCGAGCAUGCCUCAUCCUGGCGCACCCGUCUACGAGAAAUUAAGAAAGUCCGGGAGAGAGCACUAGCUGCGCAGGCGCAAGGUUCUGAGGCCGCUGAAGGGGCGUACCCUGGACAACGUCGCAACACUAAGCCCAACAUUUUCUCCGAAGAACUGCCAACACGCAUUGCUCCAGUCCAAACAGACUUUGCCUCCGAGUGGAACGCAGCAUCUGGAACAAAUAUCCUCCAGAACCUAGACUUUUCUCGUUGGAGCCGUUGA